GGCAAACAACGACAUUCAGUUUUUUGGCAAUCUAAGGACGAAUAGCAACUGACUUCUUGCUCGUCCGCCAUCAAGAUGCGUCCAUUAACAGAUCAAGAAAUGAAGACGGUGUUGGACAAGCUAGCCAACUACAUGUCCGACUUGAAGAGUCUUAUCGCGCCUCUCGAAGACGGCGACCGCUAUGUUUUCAGGUUGAACCACUCUCGCGUUUACUACGUCAAGCUGUCCAUCGCCAACCUCGCGACUUGUGUCAGCCGCGACGCCCUUCUCAGUUUGGGCACCUGCCUCGGAAAGAUGACCAAGUCGGGCAAGUUCCGCCUACACAUCACGGCCCUGCCCAUCAUCGCAGCGGGCGCGCGGCACAAGAUCUGGGUCAAGGAUAACGGGGCGCAACCGUUCCUGUAUGGGUCGAACGUGGUCAAAGCGCAUGUUGGACGGUGGUCGGAGGACUGCCCGGAGCAUCAGGGCUGUGUCGUCUAUAACAUGGCAGAUAUCCCGCUGGGCUUUGGUGUGACGGCGAGGAGUACAACCGAGGCCAGACGGCUGGAUCCCACGGGCAUCGUAUGCUUCCGGCAAGCAGAUUGCGGAGAGUACCUUCGCGACGAAGACACACUCUUUGCCGGGUGAUAGGAUGAGGGAUCAGGUGCUAUACUAUGUGCAAUAUUGUCAAUGGCGUCAGGCGUUCAAAAAGGGACCUUUAGAAAUACUAGCAUGAGGCAGGAUUGAUUGCAGUGGUCAUGGCAGAAACACACUUGGAUCUCCAGCC